UAUGCCAAGUUGCUCUGCACUUCAGAAGCUAGCGAGAAGCAUAUAGCACCAUCAUCAGUGGCUUGGCUCUGUUCUUCUCAUGGCCACAGCCCACAAGCACCACUAACAUCCUUUCCGCUUAACACCCGGCUCUGCCUUGACUCGCUCCUCGUUUCCGGCCUCUGCUUUUCCUCAUAGCCGGAGCGGCUGAACUGAUCUGGGAGGACGAAGAUCAAAGCGUGGCCUUCUUCGAACCAUCUUGCUUGCAGGAGGACAACCUCACCAUGUUUCUGAUGAACAAUUCCCAUUAGUGUCUUCUUCCUCGUAGCGAUGUAACUUCUUCUCCAACGCCGGCCGGCAUCCAGUCAAUCGACCGGACUGGACCAUGACGGAGAUGGUGGACCACCACUCGCCUCAGCAGAGGCUGAUCGCCUUGCUCGCCAGCGAGCAAGAGAUGCUCCGCUGGAUGCCAUGGGGGAACUUGGACAGGAUCAUGGAGACGCUCAGGUCGGUGAGCGCCACGCUGAGCGACCCGGGCAUUGCGAACGGCGCUGCGGACGCCAACAAGUGGGUGCAGCAAGUGACGGAGAUAAGCCGCGACGUGGAGGACAUGCUGGACGAGACCCUCUCCAGCUCCAGCAGCCGCGGCGGCGGGCGAGCGUACGGCCUCCUCUCCACGCUCGCUCCCAACGUCCUCUUGGCUCGCCGGCGGAUGGCCAAGCAAGUCAAGCACAUCAACUCCCGCAUCGACGCGAUCAAGCUCAGGCUGUCGCUGCUCGCCAACCUGGACGACAGGGAGUCCCCGGCGAACGCCACGCGGUACCGGAUAGACGACCAACAGCUGGACCCUGUCUCCCUCGAGGAGGUCGAGGCACUGGGCGUCGACUCGAGCCGAGAGAAGAUAAAGCUGUGGCUGUUGGACAAGGCGCCGGGGCUCAAGCUAAUCUCCGUCGUGGGCACGGCCGGCGUCGGCAAGACCACCCUAGUGAGGAGCGUCUACAACGAGCCCCUGGUGAGGGGCCAGUUCCGCUGCCAUGCAUGGGUCACUGUCGGCGCAGCUUCCUCGGCGGCAGAUCUCCUCAAAAGAAUCAUGCUGCAAGUUUUCUUGGAGAGGCCGGAUAUGCCGGCCAACGCAAACUCCAUGGAAGAGAUGCAGCUAGCGGACACGGUUGGCCGCUACCUCAAGGACAAACCAUACCUCGUUGUCCUGGACGACGUGUGGAGCUCCGACGUCUGGGAUUACCUGGGCGUUGCAAUGCCGGACAACGGCCUCGGGAGCCGGAUCGUCGUGUCAUCACGGGUGCCUGACAUAGGGCGGCAGUCCCGGUGGGCGUCGGCCGCGGAGAUCAUCAAACACAGCCCGCUCAACGUCGACGACUCUAUUCGGCUCUUCCGCCGCAAAGCCUUCCGGUGGACCGAAGCCGUGUGCCCUCCGGAACUAGAGGGGGUCACCGAGGAGAUCGUUCUCGAGUGCCGCGGCCUGCCCCUCCUGCUCGUCGCCAUGGGCGGUCUGAUGUCCACAAAGGAACAGGCCGUGCCGGUGUGGGAGGAUAUUCUUGACCAACUGCACAGGACGAAGGACCUCCAGCUCACCCUUCCCGUCGUCCUGUGGUUCGCUUACAACGACUUGCCGAGCCGCCUCAAGGCCUGCUUCCUCUACUUCGUCUUGUUUCCGAGGACGUACUGCGCCAAGCGCACCGCACUGAUCCGGCUGUGGAUCGCCGAGGGCUUCGUCCAGAAGGAAGACGGCAAGACGCUGGAGGACACCGCCGAGGAGUAUCUCAAGGAGCUGAUCCACAGGAACCUGGUCCUGGUGACGGACUACUACGACUACGGCAAAGUCAAGAGCUGCAGCGUCCACGACAUGUUACGCGAGAUCAUCAUCCACAAGUCAGAGGAGGAAAACUUUGGCACCUCGGUCACCGGAAAUGUCAGCAAGAUAGGCGCAAAUGUGCGUCGCCUAUCAACGUUCGACGCCAAAGAUGUCAUCGACAGGGACUUGAAACCGAGCAACGUCCGCACGCUCUUCUUGCUUGGCUCGAGCUCGGUGAACGCGUCAUCCUUUCUUGCAUUCAUCUCUGAAUUCAAGUUGCUGAGGGUCUUGGACCUCGAGGGAGCUCCCGUUGAUGGCUUGCCUGAAGAGUUGCCUGAUGGUCUCUACCUGCGGUACCUGAGCCUGAGGAACACUAGGAUCAGUAAGCUGCCCAAGUCGGUGAGGAAGCUAACUCACCUGCAAACUCUGGACCUGAAAGGGACAUACGUCUCAAAGCUGCCGUCAGGGAUCACCAGGCUGGCGAACAUCCGCCAUCUUCUCGCUUACCGGUACUACUCCGGACAGCAUCCGCCGUACUACUACGCGCUCGGCGUCACGCUGCCCCAGGGCAUAGGGCAGCUGAGGGAGCUGCAGAAGCUGACCUACGUGGAAGCAACCCAAGAAAAUGGCACGCUGGCUGAGCUUGGCAACCUGACGCAUCUGAAGAGGUUGGGGAUUGUCAAGCUGAGAAAAGACGACGGUGAAUGCCUUUGCUCCUCCGUCGCCAAGAUGACUGAGCUUCUCUCCUUGUCGGCGUCAUCUAUCUCCGUGGAAGAGCCCCUCGAUCUCGGCUUGCUUAAUCCUGCUCCUCCGAGGCUUGAACGCCUCUACUUGAGGGGUCAAUUGCCCGAGCUACCACGAUGGAUUUUCUCCCUCCACAAUCUUGUGAGGAUCCGGCUCCGGUGGUCGAGGUUGAGCGAGGACUCGAUCAAGGCGCUCCAGUCCCUCCCUGUGAUUGAACUUGCACUGAUUCAGGCAUACGAUGGGAUGGCAUUGCACUUCAGUGAAGGUUUCAGCAGGCUUCAGAUACUUGAGAUUGACCAUUUGACCAAUCUUGAACACAUGAGCUUUGGGGCAGCAAUGCCCAACAUCCAAAAGAUGUCCAUCAGAUCUUGUGGGAAGCUAAACACUAUACCCGACGACGUUGAAAGCCUGAAACAUCUCAAAGAAAUUCACUUAUUUGCCAUGCCAGAGGCGCUAGUGUCAAGCUUAAAGGAGGGAGGAGCAAACCAUGACAAGGUCAAGCACAUACCGGUCAUUCGGGUCUACAAUGAGCACCGCGACAUUUCUUCCAUAAAUCUCUGAUGGCUUCUUGCUGAGACUUCACUGAUUUUAGCGGACAUGAAGAAAUGGAAGGCCAACAUCAACAAGCUCGAAGUGUACUAAGGCGUUACUUAUGUAAACUGUACCAUAGAACCAGUAUAUUUUUUGUAGUUUUAGAACGAAAACACGGUACAUGUAGCACACAUCCCGAUCACAGUUAAGGGUUUAGGUAUGAGAUUCAUGGGCCCAUAGGGGCACCAAAUCUUUCGUAGCUUGUAUGAAGGGAAAUUGCUGAUAGUUCUUUCCUUGUGCGUCUGGUAGCUGAUGAGAUCAAGUACGGUUGUGGUGAUUUGUAAAGAGAAUUGUUUGGU